CUUAGAGUACAAUAAACUGUGUUUUGGUAUAAAAUGAUGAACAAAUUUCUAAAAUAUUUAAUUCAGUGCUGAAAUAUCUAACAAGUGAGACAAAAUAUGGAUCGUUGGGUGAAUAAAGUGGCUGUUGUGACGGGAGCUAGUUCGGGAAUUGGUGCUGGAAUUGCUAAGGAUUUAGUCAGGGCUGGAAUGAUUGUUGUGGGAUUGGCUAGAAAAGUGAAAAAAGUCGAAGAACUGAAGGAUGAUUUGCCUGAAAAGGUGCGAGAUAAUCUGCAUGCAGUCAAGUGCGAUGUGAUGAAGGAGGAAGAGAUCAUUCAGACAUUUGAGUGGAUUGGAGAGAAUGUUGGUGGAGUUGAUGUCUUGGUCAAUAAUGCUGGAUUUCUUGAUACAUCUGUACGUUUAAUUGAUGAGAAUAAUUCUGCAGCAAUCUACAAUACAAUCAAUACAAAUAUUAUGGGAUUGAUUUUGUGCACGAGGGAAGCUUUUAAGACGAUGAAGAAGGGAUCAUUUGUUGGGCAUGUGAUUAAUAUUAAUAGUGUUGCUGGUCAUAUUGUUCCUCAGACUGUUGAUCCCUAUACGCUCAAUGUCUAUCCAGCAUCUAAAUUUGCCGUGACGGCAUUGACGGAAAUGUUUCGGCAGGAAUUCUACAAAGAGAGUUCCAAAGUCAAAAUCACGAGUAUCAGUCCAGGAGUUGUUCAGACAGAAAUGGUGCCAGUUGAUAGUGAAAAUGUCCCUGUCUAUCCUUAUCUUCACAUUCAGGAUGUUUGUGAAGCUGUGAGGUACACUCUAGCAACGCCUCCAAAUCUCAAUAUCCAGGAAAUCAUAAUGAAACCUCUUGGUGCAAAUUAUUGAGAACUUUUUUUUCUAGAAUCACUCUUUUAGAAUUUAUUGUGUGACUAUUGUUGAUG